AUGGCGACGACGAAUGGCUCGUCAGGCUACGGCACGCCGCAGCGCGAUGGCGCCAUGUCAAUGCCGCCGACCAACGGUACCCCAAUGACGCAGACAACACCGGACGACGCGACAGGACAGUCAGGAGGAUUCUCGGCGGCCACCAACGGCAGGAAACGCAAGGCCGAUGGCACCUCUUCGCGCGGCGUAGCCAACCUGACUCCGGAGCAGCUGGCUAAGAAAAGAGCGAACGACCGGGAAGCCCAGCGCGCUAUCCGCGAGCGAACGCGCAACCAGAUCGAGACGCUGGAACGUCGCAUCAAGGAACUCGAGAGCCAACAGCCCUUCCAAGAACUGCAAAAUGCCCUCCGCCAGCGCGAACAGGUCCAGGCCGAGAACGACGACCUCAAACGACGCAUGCAGACCAUCUUCUCGUUGCUGCAGCCGGUUGCUGCCUCGCAAGGUCUGAAUGACCUUGCUGCUGCUACCGCCCAGCAGAGCCCUCUCCCCAUGCCACAGCAUCAGCCUCAGCCUCAGCCUCAGGCCCUCAUGUACCCCUCCCAGCCAACCACCCUCUACGACCAACCUCCAUUUGCUCAGCACCAUCUUCACCCAGACCUUCGCAACAUCCAGCCUGCACAGCAACCUCAACCACCUCGUCCAAAUCAAUCUCCAGCUAGCGCUGCCCGUCAGUAUGCUCAGGCAGCUCAGGCCGCUCAACUGCAGCAGCAGCAACACCAACAACAACAUCCACACGCACAUGCACAUCCACAACAGCAGCAACGCUUCUCGCCACAUCAACACUUUCAAACCGCCAUCGCUCCUGCCGGUGUACCACAACAGCAACAGCUCGUACCAGACAUGCCUAACCAGAGCUUUGGCAACUUCUUGGUCGAGGACCGCAAAGUGCGACUCACCUCACCGUCACAGCGCGAUCUGAUACCGACACCAACUGCCGAUGUGCCGGUACACAUGCGUCUGCCUCGCAAUCAGGAGGCCACAAAUGCGCUAGACAGUGUCAUGCUGGAUUUCAUGACGGAGCGGCGUAGAGCUGCAGCGCAGGGCACUCCGUCCUCUUCACUAGUUGGCCCUGCCUAUCCUUCCAUCUCGUCCCUUCUCAAUCCUGCGCGUGCCCCCAAAUCGCACCCUCUCAGCAAGCUUUUUACUGAUGUUUUGGCCAAUCUUCCUGAAAUUGAUCAGAUCCCUGAACAGGUCGCUUGCUUGUAUAUUAUGUUUCUCGUUAUGCGCUGGCGCAUCGCUCCCACUCAGGAGAACUUUGAACGUUUGCCCGAAUGGAUCCGGCCCAUCCGGUGCCAGCUUGAAGUCAGCCAUCCCAUCUGGUUUGACAACGUGCCAUGGCCCUGGAUGCGUGACCGCAUGAUCAAGAAUUGCGCAGCAUACCCUAAUGAGCGUUUCGGUCCUGUGUACUGCCAGACUUUGUCUUUGAAUUGGCCAUACGACCCUCAGCAAUGUCUCUUGCCACGCGCAAAUAGCGUCCAAGGUGCGGAAGCUACGUCAGCUGCUGUUCUGGAUGACGACGAAGAGUUCAUGAUCAACCCUGUAUUCGAGUCUCAUAUGCGCAACCUCAGCAACUGGUCGGUAGGGUCUUCGUUCGCCAACGCUAUGCCGGAGCUGGUCGAAGGCGUUCGUAUCAAGGACAGGUAA